AUGCAACUAGGUUGGAUAAUCUGCCUCUUCUUCCUCUCUUUUGUACUGGCCGUCGAGCCACCAAAGGAGCUGGAGAUUCUUACGACUUACACUCCUGAGGAGUGUACUGUCAAGGCUGCGAAGGGGGAUUCUAUUAGGGUUCACUAUACUGGAACCUUGCACGCCAAUGGAAAUAAAUUUGAUUCGAGUCAUGACCGCGGUUCACCGCUCCCUCUUACACUGGGUGUAGGCCAGGUCAUCUCAGGAUGGGAUGAAGGUCUCCAAGGCAUGUGCGUCAACGAAAAGAGGACACUCAUCAUUCCCUCGGACAAGGCAUACGGCUCUCGAGGAUUCGGAAGCAUCAUCCCACCCAACUCUGCGCUCGUAUUCGAUGUCGAGUUGGUUGGCUUGGAUUCCAAAGUUCGCGACGAGCUCUAG